GUGACGUGCAGUCUGAGGCUACGUUUACUUUGUGUUGUUUUAUCUCAAAGCUUUAGUUGUUGUCACUGUUUUUACGGGAGUCAUAUCGCGACAUGAGAGUCAACACUCUCAGAUGUCGUCAUGACCUGACUCAAGUCACCUGGGAUGGAAUCACCUCCUAACAACAUGUAUGAUGCAUUCAAAGACCAGAUCUGGACAGAGCUGGGACCACUGGACCCGAACUGGUUUGAAAUACUGAGUGGGCAAACGUCUGUUCACGAGGUGUCAGAUCAAGAUGACCUUUGUGAUAAUCAAGAGGCAAAUUUUAAAACACCUUUUGAAAAAGCUGAUGGCAGUCAGCUGUUUUCAACCCCUAAAGUUUUCAGACACAGUCGAAUUGUGUCUCCAGAAAUUGAAGAUGAGCAGUCUUUCACAGCUGCACAAGAAAAAGCAACAUUGCCAUGCACAGCAACACAAAGUCCCAGCUUGUUUAAGCUGUCAAAGGAGAGGGUCGCAGGUGGGAAAUGCCGAGACAUCCAGACUCGGAAUGAGGACAGCUUUGAUUUACUUCACACCCCAAACAAAUCCCCGGUCAGCUAUGUAAAGCAUAUUUCUGAAAGUCUUGGUGCACAGCUUAAUCCUGACGUUUCAUGGACUAGUUCUUUGAAUACACCACCAGCAGUUCCAUCCACCCUGAUUUUAUCCAAGACUGAUGAGGAACCGUGUCCACCGAGUGCUACUCCUGACAGAAAUUUUGUUAUUGUGCGGGAGCUUUUCCCUUCUCUGUCAAAAGGCUCCACAGGUGAUGCACCUGAAAACAACAACGUAGCUGAUGUUUCUCAAGGUGCUGUUUCCACUGAGGCCCAUGACCGUUCUCACGGUACCCUCAACGAAUCUGCUUGGCAGCAGAAAGUUCCAGAUGCUAUUGAGGACGGAGAAGUUCGCAGCACGGUGGCAGAAGUUAUCAAUGGAGCUGAAAAUGUUCUCUCUAUUUUCUUUGCCAACAGUAGUUCAGCUCUGAGAAAAGUGAAGCAUGAAAGACUCAAGCGGAAGCAAAACAUUCAGAUAAAGGAGACUGAUUGCAGCUCUGCAGUAGCACCGUCGGCAUGUAAGGCUGCAGCUGCUGAAGAGGAAGCCAUUGAUGCAGAAUCUGACAGAUUUCCCUCAAGCCCGCUGGUCAAAACUGGACAUGGUGCAAUCAGCCAAUGGUCUCCAUUGAGUCUGUCAGAAAUCCAAUCUUGUACUGAGAAUAGCACUAUCUUAAAAGAAAGACUGCAAGGUGAGGCUAAUUCUAGCCCACUUUCUUGGCCAUCGGGCAGAAUCACAGACUCUGGAUUUAUUAGGAAAAAGAGACUAUUUGUUGACAGUGUUAGGACUUUGAAGAGCAAAGAAGAAAAAGAUUGUCAAUUUCAGAAGAUGGCUUUAUUAUCAGGAAUUCCUGAAUCCAUUAACACAUCUCUCAUGCCUGGACAAGAAAUGAAUGGGAAGCAUUUGGAGAAACUCCAACCGGAAGCAGAUUUCUGCGGCACUGGGAAUAGUGAACUGAAAAAAGGCUCUGAAGAGGCUAAAGUCCAGGAUCUGGACAUUUCGCAGCUUUCCAGAGAUUUUGCGCAAGACUUCAGCCAAAUGUCGGACUGUAUUCAACAGAGUAAAGUAGCUGAAGAUACUUUUUCUACAUCAGCAUGUCUCUCUGCCCUGAAACAGGCAAGGGAGAAAGAAAGGCAAGCAACCUUACAGCAUAACAUGGAUGGUAACAAUAGAAAGCAUAUUUCCACCUUUGAUCAAAGUUACCACAUCAGUGAAGGAAUUAUAAAUGACAGUGGUUUCCAGUCUGCUGUAACGAACACUACUCAUUUGACUGCAACGCCACUUGGUCCUUGCUCAGAGAACACUGGUCAAAGUCAGCAGUCCUCUGGCUUUAAGACUGACAUCCACACAGCUAGUCCUUUCCCAUCUACAAAGGGAGGAAAUGGAAAAUCACAUUUGGAUGCUGAGGCUGGAACCACUCUUCCCAGUGUGCAGAGAAACAUCCCACACUGGACACUGGACCCCAGAAGAGAAGGCAAGUCGGAUGCAAAUAGGAGAUCAACAGGACAACCAAGUGGUGCAAAAAGAGUGGAUAAUAUGAACUGCAAGCCAUUAAACGGUCAAUUUCAUGAUGUCCUGCAAGAUAAAAUGGAAGUUUCUGUUCCAUCUGCCAACGCAUCAGGAUUUAAAACCGCUUCCAAUAAAGGUAUACGCAUUUCCACAGCUAACCUGGAGCGAGCCAAGCAUCUCUUUGAAGAGACUGAAGGUAAAAAGACUUUUAAUAAUCUGUCCACCAAAUGUGACUCUGCAACUAAAUAUAAAAAUAACAUCAGCGAUGGAUCAGUGCAAAGUGUUUCUUCUAACUCAAACCCGCUACCUUCUUUGUGUAAAACAUUUGGGAAUUUCAGUUCCCAGUUAACGGCUUCACAAAAAGCGGACGUAACGGAACUUUGUUCUCUCUUGGAAGAAGCAGAGAGCCAGUUUGACAUUACACAGUCCAAACCUCCCAAAUUGCAACAGCAUUGUCAAAGCAAUGGUGCGACUCCAAGAAAAGCUGCAAAAGAACUUGAUUCUGAUUUUCUUGCUGGAAUAAAUUUUGAUGACAGUUUCAGUUCAGAUGCUGAAAAGCAGGAGAAACAAAGUGCAAAGCCGGACAAAAUGGACUCAGUCUUAGAUGAUAAAGCAAAUAUUGGAACAUUAAACACCACGGCUCAAUCGACGGAUUGGCCAUUGUCAUAUGCACCGAUGAAAGAGAACUCAUCUGCAUCACUCUGUUUGAAGUCCACCUCUGAAGAUACAAGGUAUCAUUCUUCAGCUAAACCUAAAAACCGUGACAGUGCUGAGUACGGUGAAGCCACCAAAGUGCAAAACACCAAUACUUUUGUGCUUGGUGUGGGAUUUAAGACUGCAGGAGGAAAUCUACUGAAUGUUUCCAAAAAGUCUCUGAGUAAAGCUCGAGCUUUGUUUGCAGAUUUGGAUAAGAAUCCUCCAGAUGAGGAAUCCACAGACAAGCAAAACAGUGAAAUCGAUGCCAAAAUGGAUCAAAAGUGUAACUUAGAUAGGAAAGAUAUAAUAUUCACUCCCCAAGAAAACUCUAAUGGUGGGGAGGGAACUUCAAAAGAUGGCAACGUUGACACAAACACGUGCCAAAGUGGUUUCCACAUGGCUAGUGGGAAACAAAUCCCAAUUUCAGCAAACUACAUGGAACAGGCAGACGCUUUUUUCAAAGACCGUGUCAUAAUGGAGAGUAAUGAUGGCAUGUCUGAUAAGAACAUAAAACACGUUCCUGACAGGUCUGAGAAUAAGAAAAACCAUUCUGAGGGACAUGUUAAUGGAUGCACUAAGUUUGAAAGUGGAAAUCCUGGACUGGUAGCACGUAACACAAAACGACCACAUCUGGAUGAAGUGGGAAGUAAAGUUACACAUGCUUUGCAAAAUGCAGUUCCUUUCCAUGGAAAGCAAAUUUUGCCUUCAAAGCCUUCCUCCUCCGUGCUUCGCACGACAUCAAAGGAUAUUGAUUUAUCUGCCACAGAUGAAAUGAUAACUGGUUGUGGAUUUCGUACAGCCAGUGGGAAAGACGUUUCCGUGACGGCAGAUGCUCUAAAAAGAGCAGAAUGCCUUUUGAAAGAGAUCCAUACGCCUGAGGCCAUCAAUGAUCAACCAAAUCAAAAAGAAACCUCAAAAUCAGGACAGCUCAACGAUCGGGUUUUACAACCAGAAAAAAGUGGAUUUCAGACUGCUAGUGGAAAGGUUGUUGGCGUUUCAUUGGCGGCGCUAAAGAAAGCAGAAACACUGAUGAAGGAGUGUGCAGGGGUUGAAGGUGAAAUCAAUCCUCCAUUGUUACAUCACAAGAUUCCAGUUACUGGUUCACAUCGUGGGAAUUGGGGUUUUUCCGCGGCCAGUGGUAAACCUGUGGCAGUUUCAUCCGAGGCCUUACAGAAGGCUAAAGCUUUAUUCAGUGACAUCGGUAAAACUAGCCCAGCUGUUCCAGACACAAGGACCAAGACAAAAAAUGAAGAUGCCCGAGAUAAUAUGGAGACUGUACAACGUGGUUUCACAACAGCAAGUGGAGCCAAAGCCCACGUGUCACGGAAGAAUCUCUUAAAAGCAAAUCAUCGGCUGAAAGAAUUUGAUGAUUUGGUUUUGACCAAAGCAAUGCAAGAGGAGGAUGCUUUUUUCAGAGAGUUUGAUAUGGAUGCUGAUGAUGCAAUGUUGCCAGAAGAUGUGAGUAGCGUGGGUGGCAGCAAGAAAAAAAUUCCUGCUAAACUUGAUCCGGAUCAAAGGGAGGCUCCUACGAUUUCUAAAGAAGCUGCAGGUGAUUCUGUUAAGGACGUGGACGAACAAGCACAACAAAAAGGAGACAUUUUGACACCAGAGAAAAGUGGAUGUCAAACAGGCAGCGGAAAAGCAAUCGGUUAUUUAUCUCCACCUCCCACCAAAACUUCAGGUGAGGCUUCAAAUUCAUUGUUAAAUCCAUGUGAAGGAGUUGAGGAUAAAAAGGGUGCAACAACAUCCAGAUCCAAGCUCACAUCUCUUCCAUUUAAUGGCGGAGGAUUUUGUGCUGCCAGUGGUAAGCCUGUAGCAGUUUCAUCCGAGGCCCUUCAGAAGGCAAAAUCUCUGUUCACCGACCUUGGUCACAUCGCAGAUUUGCCAGACAUAUCACAGAAAAGGAAAAGUGAUGGGAACCAAGACAAUGGUGGCAAUACAGUGGGGAUGCGUUGUGGUUUCACAACUGCAGGGGGAGUAAAAGUCCAUGUGUCAAAAAAAAGUCUCAUGAAAGCAAAACAUCUUCUGAAAGAAUAUGAAGACGCAGAUGAUCUCAAGGAUGGCACGAUGGACAGUGACGGCAAUAAUUCAGGGAGAUGUAAAAGUACAGAAAAUAUAAGUGGAAGACACCAUGUGAAGCAAAGCCUUUCCAAAUCAAAUCAGCAUCAGAGGGAAAUGGCAGACUUUCCUAAAGAGCAUGAACAUGGAAGCACCGAGUACUCAGACAAACCGAUGAAACAAAAGGAAAUCACUGUGCCACAAAAGGGUGGUGGCUUUCAGACAGCCAGUGGAAACGUCGUUGCCAUUUCAUCUGAAGCUCUGAAGAGAGCAAAAAUCCUGUUAAGUGACUGUGAAGAAGCUUCAUCAUCACAUUUCAAGCUUCCAGUUACUGAUCCAGUUUCCAAGAGUUGUGGGUUUUCUGCAGCGAGUGGUAAGCCUGUGGUCUUUUCUUCUGAGGCUUUACAGAAGGCUAAAACUCUCUUCGGUGACAUCAGUUUGAGCAAAGACACUGCAGCUAUUUCAGACACGAAGAAAAGGGAUGAGAAAUGUGAAGAAGCUGAAAAAAACAGAGGGCAAAUACACUGUGGUUUUUCAACUGCGGCAGGACAAAAAGUCCUCGUAUCAGAGAAAAGUCUUUUGAAAGCAAACGACCUUUUGAAAGAGUCUGAUGAUGGUGAAUGUCAUUAUUCUUUUUCAAAUUCAACAACCUCACAGGACACCCAUAAGUCAGAUUCAUCAAAAGGGAAAUAUCUGAACAGAACUUUAAAUUCCACUGUUACCCCGGAUGAUGGCAAGGGCAACCCUCCAGAGAGAGAGACGUCCUUAAAUGAUGAGCCAUUCUCUGCUUUGAAGCAGAGUGACCAUCUAAACAAAACAGUUGUAAGUUCAAGCAUACAAGGCUGUAGUUUUAUCAAAGAAAAGACACGAUGCACCAGUGUGUUUAAGUUUCAAGAGGACAAAGUUGUCACAUCAGGGGCAGGUAGCCUAACGGACAUCCCUGAACAAGACGUGCCACGUGUGCUGAACUGUAAUAUAAAUCAAACAAGCAGGAAAAAUCCAUCUGGAGUUGCAAAAGCAGACGAGUCUUCAGUUCUAAAUCUUCAGUCACUUGACCUCAGCGGCUGCACCGUCACGCAGCAGAAGUUUCUGGCUCAGGAGGCAUUGGACUGCACAAAAGCCUUGCUAGAAGAUGAAGAUGUAGCAGGCCAAAGUCUAACUUUAGAAAAUAUGCCCAGUAGCGGAUCUACAGAAGAACAACGUACGAGGAAAAGAGUAAUGGGAGAUCCAGACCAUAUCGGUCAGCCUCCCUCAAAAAGACGAUUACUGGAAGAAUUUGACAGGACUAUUAAUGGUUCGAGAGGCUCAGUGCUCCAUCCUGUUAAAAGUUCUCCGAUUGGUUUAAUGAAAGACAGGGGCGUUUUCAGAUAUGGUGGCUCUCUUCAUCCAAACAUCACAAAGCCAUUCAGUGAAAGAAAAAGCAAUGUAACUACAGUAUUCCAAAAGACACCACUUGCACAACAGUCGACCCCAGGAGACUGCAGAUCAGCCUCUUCCAAGGUUCCUGCAUUUGUUCCUCCAUUUAUCAAAAGUGCAAAAAUGGAGACUGGCAAGAAUCCAGCGCCCAAAGAAAAUGCAAGCGUGUCUACAUUUGUUCCCCCGUUCAAAAAGCAAAAGACUAUCCUGCAGGAGAGCUUCUCUAAACAACAGGACCAUCAACCCCUAACAGGGCAGCCCAACAGCAACACCUAUGUACCACCAACUAGGAAAAUCCAAGACACAACAGAUGUCAUUUCUUCAGUUGGCAUGGCAAACACUAAUACAGUGAAUAAUCAAAGUGUUCCUGUUACUUGUGGAUCAGCCAGUUCUGGUGCAGAUGUAUCACACGUGGAUGCCACAUCUUCUAGAAACCAAGAUGUUCCAGAUGAUCCCGAGAACAUUGAGCUGGCACGGGAUAUGCAAGACAUGAGGAUCAGGAAAAAGAAGCGUCAAACCAUCCGACCUCUGCCAGGGAGCUUGUUUCUAACGAAAACCUCAGGAGUGGCAAGGACCCCGUUAAAAGUAGGAGUGAAUGGAAAUCCUCCGAGAAGAUACACCCCAGAACAGCUAUACGCAUAUGGAGUCCAUAAGCACGCUACUGAAAUCACUAGUGAGACUGCAGAGUCUUUUCGCUUUAAUUUGCUCCAGUUCAUCAAACACGAAGCAUUUCUUGAUGGAGGUGGUGUUCAGCUUGCUGAUGGGGGGUGGCUGAUCCCCAGCAAUGAUUGCACUGCAGGAAAAGAGGAAUUCUAUAGAGCAUUAUGUGACACGCCAGGUGUGGAUCCAAAACUGAUCUCUGAAGCGUGGGUCUACAAUCACUACAGAUGGAUUGUGUGGAAGCAGGCCUCUAUGGAAAGAUCUUUUCCAGAAACGAUGGGCAGCAUCUGUCUUACCCCAGAGCAGGUUCUCCUACAGCUUAAGUACAGAUAUGAUGUCGAGGUGGACCACAGCCGCAGAUCAGCUCUGAAGAAGAUCAUGGAAAAGGAUGACACAGCAGCCAAAAGUCUUGUUCUCUGCGUAUGUGAGACCCUCUCCAGAGGUCAACCCCAGAGCAGACAGAGUAACAAUGGUGCCAAGACACCACAAAGUGCUGAUUCCAAGGUGGAGAAUCCAUAUGCAGUGGUUGGGCUUACAGAUGGCUGGUAUGCUAUUAAAGCCCAGCUGGAUGAACCUCUGACUGCCAUGCUGGAAAAGGGUUUACUGGCUGUUGGGGGCAAGUUGAUCAUCCACGGGGCCCAGCUGACGGGGUCACAGGACGCUUGUCCCCCUCUCGAGGCACCUGAAUCUCUCAUGCUGAAGAUCUGUGCCAAUAGCAGCAGACGUGUACGAUGGGAUGCUAAACUGGGAUUUCACAGAGAUCCACGGCCAUUCCUACUUCCUGUCUCGUCUUUGUAUAGCACUGGAGGACCCGUUGGAUGUGUUGAUAUUGUUAUAGUGAGAAGCUACCCGAUCCAGUGGAUGGAGAGAAAACCAGACGGAGGAGUUGUGUUCCGGUCUGUUCGAGCAGAGGAGAAGGAGGCCAGGCGAUACAACAGUAUCAGGCAAAAGGCAAUGGAGAUGCUUUUUAUGAAGAUUCAAGUGGAUUUUGAAAAGGAGGAGAAAGGGAGAACUGAACCUAAACGGAGAAGGCAAACGAUCAGUGAUCAGGAUGUUGCCCGUCUGGAGGAUGGACAGGACCUUUAUGAAGCAGUGGGAAACGAUCCGGCUUACCUCGAGGCUCAUUUGAGUGAACAGCAGUUGGAAACGCUACGUAGCUACAGGCAUUCACUGAUGGAGAAGAAACAGGCUGAGCUGCAGGAUCGAUACCGCCAUGCUCUGGAGGAAGAGAACACACAGAUGAACUGUCCCAAAAGAGAUGUGACGCCUGUGUGGAGACUCAGCAUUGCUGACUCUAUGGCCCAUCCCAGCUGUGUUUCCCAGUUGAAUCUUUGGAGACCCUCCUCUGAUCUUCAGGCUCUAUUGAAGGAAGGGUGCCGAUACAAAGUUUAUAACCUUGUGACUUCAGACGGAAAGAAACGCAGCAGCAUUGAAACAGUUCAGCUCACUGGGACAAAGAAAACCCAGUUUCAGCAACUUCAGGUGUCCCAGGAAUGGUUAUCGGAACGUUUUCAACCAAGAGUCUCAACAAAUUUUGUGAAUCUACAAAACCCAGACUUCCAGCCCCUGUGUGGAGAGGUUGACCUCACAGGGUGUGUCAUCAGCAUCAUAGAUGGACAGGGUUCUUCUCCUGCAUUUUAUUUGGCUGAUGGACAGCUGAACUUUGUGAAAGUACGCUGUUUCAGCAGUCUCUCUCUGGUCGGCCUGGAGGAUGUGCUUAAACCACGAGUCCUGUUGGCUCUGAGCAACCUGCAGCUCAGAGGUCAGUCCAUGUAUCCCACUCCCGUUGUGUACGCUGGAGACCUGACUGUCUUCUCUACAAACCCUAAGGAAGUGCAUCUGCAGGAGUCUUUCGGCCACCUCAAAAGUGUGCUCCAGUGUCAAGAGAGCUUUUACCUAAAUGCAGAGGAGAAGCUUUCAGAUUUAGUGAAAUCUGAAGGCCUCAGCUCGAUUUCCUCUCCGGCUUUGAAACCACAAACCCCAGCGUCUGCAACAGACAGAGGCCAAGACUCAAAGACAAGUGUGACGUUUCAGAAACCAGUCGGAAACCACGGAUCUUUCACGCCUGUUAAUAAAAAUACUUCUGCAGUAGCUCCCUCAACAGAAAACGACCGGAAAAUCCAGAAAAGGAGAAGAGCUCUGGAUUAUCUGUCUCGUGUGCCGUCUCCACCACCUCUAUCCCAUCUGAGCUCGGUGGCUUCUCCCUGUGUAAACAAGACAUUCAACCCGCCGCGGAGGUCUGGGACCCCAGGCACUUUAAAAACUGCACACACUCCAGCUCAAAAACCCUCAGAGGCAACUGUGGAGCACGAGCUAGUGAAUGAUGAGGAACUGGCUAUGAUCGAUACUCAGGCACUGCUUGUUGGGGAUGUAUCAUAGAUGUGCGUGACUGUAUUUUGAAAAAACAUAAGCUACAACUAAGUGUGUUUGAAUACUGGACGAUGCUUGUAACAUUUAUACUGUAUAGGUUGUUAUUGUGCCCAUUAAACUUGGAACAGUAAAAUCAUG